UUUGGGAGAAGCAGAUAAACGCAGACACAUUAAUUUUAAACAAAGGAGCACGUUUCAGGACAUUCAUCCCGCGAACAAACAAAGUAUACAGCAGACGGUCAAGUGAAAGUACUUGAACUGCUCGCAUUCUAACAGCAGCUGUGGCCAAAGCCAGACAUGAACAAGCGCAAUAACAUCCGUUUGCCACCUGAGGUGAACCGACUCUUGUAUGUGCGCAAUUUGCCAUACAAAAUAACAUCAGACGAAAUGUACGACAUAUUUGGCAAGUUUGGUGCAAUUCGCCAAAUACGAGUUGGUAAUACACCAGAGACCCGUGGCACCGCCUUUGUUGUCUACGAGGAUAUUUUCGAUGCCAAAAACGCUUGCGACCAUUUAUCCGGAUUUAAUGUGUGUAAUCGCUAUUUGGUUGUUCUCUAUUAUCAAUCAAACAAAGCGUUUAAGCGUGUUGAUGUCGACAAGAAGCAAGAAGAGCUCAACAAUAUUAAGUCCAAAUACAAUUUAAAAACUCCGGAGGCACCUUGAAUGCCGCCAACGGGAAACGUUCAUUGCACUUUCUUCGUAGUUUUAAACAAAAAUUUUUUAAAAUCAAAUUUAAAAACUUCUUGCUAUGUUAAAACGCAAUUUAUGCAAUAUCUUGCUAAGUGUAAACUUUUUAUAUACCCUUUUCGAAUUAUCAUCAUCAUCUUUGCAAUCAUGUAGCAUAAUUUCAUAAAUCAUCACAGGUCGUUUGGAAAUCAAAUCAUCAUUUCGUCCACGCGACCUAUCAUUAAACACAUAAACUCAUCAAAAUAUAACAAGCAAGUUGAAAAAAAUUUCUGA